AUGCAAGCAUCAGUCGUUCGUAGUUUCCAUAAGUCGUCUGCAGUUCUGUUGAGAAGGCCCUGGCAAACAUUCAAAGACGGCCAAUUAUGGUACGGGUAUAUGAAGACUGGGUCUAAAAGACACCCAUUGACUACCAAGCAAGGUAACAAGCAUUAUUAUAAGGGUACAGGGUCUUCUGGGUACGGGAAAUUGAACAGCAAUGGUAAAUAUGUUGUUAACUGGUCCAAAGUAAGGACGUAUGUUGUACCACUGGACUUGGGUCAAACCAAUUUAAAGCCCUUGGUCUCACCAUUUGUUCCUCAAGUACGUCAACAAUUUGUUGGAUAUGACGAUGGAUUCAAAUCAGCAGAUUUGACAUGGCAAAAGAUUGUUGAUUUCAUAGAAUAUGGCGAGAACUAUGAUCUGGUGGAUGCAGCACUGAAUGGGUAUCUUGAGGAGUAUAUCAAUCCUGAAGUUGUGAAGAAGGAAGCUGAGCAGUAG